AUGGGGGUGUUGAUGUCUAAGCGGCAGACAGUGGAGCAGGUACAGAAGGUGAGCCUGGCUGUAUCUGCCUUCAAGGAUGGGCUGCGGGACAGGCCUUCCAUUCGACGCACAGGCGAGCUGCCAGGGUCCCGCCGUGGCACAGUAGAGGGCUCUGUCCAGGAGGUACAGGAAGAGAAAGAAGCAGAGGCAGGCGCCCCAGUGGUCCAGGAAGAGAGCAGUGUCAACCGCGCAGCCUGGGAACGGCUUAGAGAUGGGCGUGGAGUGGAACCUGAGGAGUUUGACAGGAGCAGUCGUUUUACACCACCUGCCUUCAUCCGCCCCACCCGAAAGCUGGAUGAUGACAAGCCUCCAGAAAUCUGCCUAGAGCCCAGGGAGUCUGUUGUCAACGAUGAGAUGUGUGAUGUCUGUGAGGUUUGGACAGCUGAGAGCCUGUUCCCAUGCAGAAUCUGCACCAGGGUUUUCCAUGAUGGCUGCCUGCGCCGUAUGGGUUACAUCCAAGGAGAAGGUGCAACGGAGGUGACAGAGAUGGCCCACACGGAAACAGGCUGGAGCUGCCACUACUGUGACAACCUCAACUUGCUGCUUACUGAGGAGGAAAUGUAUAGCCUCACAGAGACCUUUCAGCAGUGCAAAGUCAUCCCUGAUUGCUCCCUGACACUGGAGGACUUUCUGCGCUAUCGCCACCAAGCAGCGAAGCGGGGGGGAAGUGACAGAGCCCUGAGCGAGGAGCAAGAAGAACAGGCAGCCCGCCAGUUUGCAGCCCUGGACCCUGAACAUCAAGGCCACAUAGAGUGGCCUGACUUCCUGUCCCAUGAGUCCCUCCUACUUUUGCAGCAUUUGCGUCCUCAGAACUCUCUGUUGAGGCUUCUGACAGUUAAAGAGCGAGAACGAGCCCGAGCCACCUUCCUGGCACUGGGCAGUGGGAAUGCCAUCAGUGAGGCAGAGUGUGGCCGCGCCCAGCAUUCUUGGUUUUGCAAACGACUUACAGAAGCUCCAUCCUGCAGUGUCAGCAGCAUCAGCCAUGUGGGUCCCAUAGCUGACAGCAGUCCAGCCAGCAGCAGCAGCAAGAGUCAGGAUAAGACCCUGCUGCCCACAGAUCAGGAGUCCAGAUUUGUGGACUGGCCCACCUUCCUGCGAGAGAAUGUCCUCUACAUCUUGGCUGCUCGCCCCAACAGUGCAGCUAUUCACCUGAAACCCCCAGGAUAG